CCCCUCAGAAAAGCCGCGCCCGCAGCCUUUAUAGCGGAAACCCUCUCCUCGUUUCUUCCUCGUUUCUUCCUCUUCUCCGGCGUUUCAUCCACCCUUCGUCUCUCCCCUAAACCCUAGCCCCUGGGUCUCAAAUCCACUCUUCUCCGCGGCGAUCGCCGCCGCGAUCCGAUCCGCCGUCCAUCCGCCGGCGCCGGAGCCGCGCGUACGUGACCAUGGUUGUCCCCCGCGCCCCCGAGCAGCCGCACCAGGACCAGGACCAGGACGAGGAGGUGCUGGUCCCGCACCAGGAUGUCGUUGAGGGGCCGCAGCCGAUGGAAGAAUCUGCAUCAACCAUUGAGAACCAACUCAUGCCAGAUACAUCUACAUCCAGAUUUACAUGGUCCAUUGAAUUUUUUUCCAAACGCAAUGUUAGAAAGCACUACUCUGACGAUUUUUUAGUUGGGGGAUAUAAGUGGCGUGUGUUGGUCUUCCCAAGAGGAAAUAAUGUAGAUCACCUUUCAAUGUACCUGGAUGUUGCUGAUGCAAAUGUGCUGCCUCCUGGCUGGAGCAGGUAUGCACAAUUCAGCCUUGCUGUGGUAAACCAAUUAGACAGCAAACUAUCAUCAAGAAAAGAAGCAACACACCAAUUCAAUGCCCGAGAAAGUGAUUGGGGUUUCACUUCUUUUAUGCCUUUGGUGGAUUUGUAUGACUCUAGUAAAGGAUAUGUUGUGAAUGAUAAAUGCAUUAUUGAAGCUGAGGUUGCUGUGCGAAGAACUGUUGAUUUCUUGAACUAUGACUCCAAAAAGGUGACCGGUUAUGUUGGUCUCAAGAAUCAAGGAGCUACGUGUUACAUGAACUCUCUUCUUCAGACACUUUAUCAUAUUCCUUACUUUCGGAAGGCUGUAUAUCAUAUGCCUACAUCGGAGAAUGAUACACCUUCAGGGAGCAUCCCAUUGGCUUUGCAAAGUCUUUUUUACAAACUUCAGCAUAGUGACAAUAGUGUUGCUACAAAAGAGCUUACAAAAUCUUUUGGAUGGGAUACCUAUGAUUCUUUCAUGCAGCAUGACGUUCAAGAAUUGAACAGGGUUCUCUGCGAAAAGCUAGAGAAUAAGAUGAAGGGAACUACUGUGGAAGGAGCAAUACAAAAAUUAUUUGAGGGUCACCAUAUGAAUUAUAUUGAGUGCAUUAAUGUUGAGUACAAAUCUACAAGAAAAGAGUCAUUCUAUGAUCUUGCACUUGAUGUCAAGGGAUGCUCAGAUGUAUAUGCAUCAUUUGAUAAGUAUGUUGAAGUGGAGAUGUUAGAAGGUGAUAAUAAGUACCAAUCUGAGCAACAUGGUCUGCAGGAUGCCAAGAAAGGGAUGCUUUUUAUUGACUUCCCUCCAGUUUUGCAACUUCAGUUAAAACGGUUUGAAUACGAUUUUGUGCGGGAUACAAUGGUUAAGAUAAAUGACCGUUACGAGUUCCCACUUCAAUUGGAUCUUGAUAGAGACAAUGGAAAAUAUCUUUCUCCGGAAGCUGAUAGAAGUGUGCGUAACCUCUAUACUCUUCACAGCGUACUAGUUCAUAGUGGCGGAGUUAAUGGAGGACACUACUAUGCUUUUAUUCGCCCAACCCUUCAAGAUCUGUGGUACAAGUUCGAUGAUGAACGGGUGACAAAGGAAGACAUGAAGCGGGCAUUAGAGGAGCAAUAUGGUGGUGAAGAAGAGCUCCCCCAUACCAACCCUGGAUUGAAUACUACCCCACUUAGAUUUACCAAGUAUUCAAAUGCUUACAUGCUUGUGUACAUUCGCGAAAGUGACAAAGAUAAAAUCAUCUGUGAUUUGGAUGAGAAAGACAUAUCAGAACACCUUAAGACUAGGCUAAGAAAGGAACAUGAAGAAAAGGAAUAUAAGAAAAAGGAGAAAGCUGAGGCUCACAUGUACACUGCAUUGAAGGUGGCCAGAGACUCUGAUUUGGCAGAGCAAAUUGGAAGACAUGUGUACUUCGAUCUUGUGGACUUUGACAAAAUUAAUAGCUUCCGUGCACCUAAAAGCAUGUCAAUCAAUGAGGUCAAGGAGGAGCUUUCAAAAGAAUUUGGCAUCCCGGUACAAUCCCAACGAUUUUGGUUGUGGGCUAAACGGCAGAACAAUACCUACAGGCCUAAUCGGACAUUGACUCUCCAGGAGGAAACAUCUGCUAUUGGAUUGCUUAAAGAUGCAACAAUAAACAAGUUACAGAAUUCUGAAGUAAGGCUGUUCUUGGAGGUUCAUUUUGGACAGCAGAAUCAUCCAAUUGCUCCUCCUGUAAAGACCAGGGAAGAUAUAUUACUUUUCCUCAAGCUCUAUGAUCCCGAAAAGGAAGAGCUGAGAUAUGUCGGAAAACUUAUCGUGAAAGCUUCAGGGACACCAUCGGAUAUAGUAAAAAGGCUGAAUUUGAUCGCUGGAUUUCCGCCUGAUGAAGAUAUUGAGCUGUAUGAGGAAAUAAAGUUUGAACCAAGUGUGAUGUGCUUACCAAUCGAUACUGAGGUUUCUUUCCAUUUGAGCCAGCUUGAAGAUGGUGACAUAAUAUGCUACCAAAAACGCUGUUCGCCAGAUAAAAUGGAUCAAUAUCGCUAUCCUAGUGUCUCUUCAUUCUUCGAGUAUAUACAUAAUAGACAGGUUGUUCAUUUCAGAUUGCUUCAGAAGCCAAAAGGAGAUGACUUCUCUCUGGAGCUUUCAAAGUGCUCAACAUAUGAUGAUGUUGUUGAGAAGGUUGCUCAUAAACUAUGUCUGGACGAUCCUUCUAAAAUUCGGCUUACACAACAUAAUCCAUUUUCUCAGCAACCCAAACCUCAUUACAUCAAAUACAGAGGUCUUGAUCAUCUUUCAGAUAUGCUACAUCAUCACAGUCAGAUGUGUGACAUAUUAUAUUAUGAGAUACUGGACAUUCCUUUGCCUGAACUGGAAGGUCUAAAAACAUUGAGAGUUGCUUUUCAUAAUGCUACAAACAAUGAGGUGUCAUUUCACUCUAUCCGAUCACCAAAAAGCAGCACUCUUCUUGAGUUGAUUGAAAACUUGAAGUCAAAGGUUGAGCUUUCUUGUAAGGAUGCUGAAUUCCGGUUUUUUGAUGUCUACCUUCACAAGAUAUGCAAGGUGUAUGAACCUGCUGACAAGUUAGAUUCAGUUAGUGACCAUCAUGGACCUCUUCGUAUUGAAGAGGUUCCUGGAGAAGAGAAAAUUGCUGGGCCUCGAGACCGUUUGGUUCAUGUCUAUCACUUCUUCAAAGAUAAUCAUCACAUUCAAUAUUUUGGAGAACCUUUCUUCUUCCUGAUUCACGAUGGAGAGUCUUUGUCGGAUAUCAAAGUACGGAUUCAGAAGAGACUUCAAGUUCCUGAUGAGCAGUUUCUAAAGUGGAAAUUUGCUUACUUUGCAUUCAGUCGGCCAGAGUACCUCCAAGAUUCAGAUAUUGUUUUGAGCCGAUUCCAGCAGAAAUAUAUUUAUGGAGCAUGGGAACAUUACCUUGGUUUGGAGCAUACAGCCACUACCCCAAAAAGGCCCUACUUGGCCAGUCAGAACCGUCAUUCACUUGAGAAGGCAGUGAAGAUUUACAACUAAAGAUGGUGAUAUUUCACUUUUGUGUGAUGGAUCCUGAAUUACUUCUGUGAUCAUUGCGAAAAUGAAUGGUUAGGAACAUCAUCUUAGUUUACCCACACCAUGCAGAACGCCUUGCCGAAGUCUAUCUUACUAUUCGUUGUUUUGGUGUGCCUUUUUGUUUUGCCGAACUGUAUAUGAGGGCACUGUCCUGUUCUACCAAUGCGAGUUAUUUUGUUUUUGGUCAUGUACAUGGAGGAGGCUUUGCAAAGAGUCAAUCUGUUGCAGCUUCUCUAAAAGAAAAUUUUCAGUUGGUUUGAUGUACAGGGUUCUUAUAGCAACUCUUUCCUGUAGGUAGUUUUUGGAGGCUGUAUAUCAGGGCUGAUUACCUUAGUGUCCAUUUGUGUUCCCCAGCAGUGUUCUGUGUGGGGUUGUUGACAUUAACCUCAUGAAACCUGUUUCAGUUCUAAAUUAAUAUUGAUUCAGUGUUUUUUUUGUA